AUGUUGACAAUUAAGAAUAGCCGAGUAAGAACAGAGUGUUCCAGCACGACACGAAAAAGACGAAAUCAGCCCUUGCGACGUCGUAUUUACUACUGCUCUUUUCUUUGUCCCUUUGCUUGUUAUGACUCUUUGACUUUUCGUUCAUCUCUCCCGCUGGAGAAAACCCUGUCACCAGAAAACUCACCGCAACUUUUGCGGUUUGCAAUUCCGAUUUCCGUUCACCGCUUUCUUCUCACAUACGCAUUAAAGGCUCAAGGCAGAACAUUUAGAAUUGUUAAUGUGUAUUACUUCUUUCCUAAUCUUAUCAUGGAAUUGGAGGAACUUAGAGGAGCUUUCUCAUAUGCCGAUCCUGAUGUAGAUACUCUCCAUCUUGGUCAGGCUAUGGUAUACUUGUCAGAUUUAACAGAACUUUUUACUUGGACGUGCACCAGGUGUGAUGGCUUGGUCAAGGGAUUUGACAUGAUAGAGUUAGUUGUUGACGUCGAGCAUUGCUUACAGGCAUUUGUUGGAGUGGCUGAGGAUCCCCAUGCCAUCAUCAUUGCAUUCAGAGGAACAAAUGAACACAGCUUGCAGAAUUGGAUUGAAGAUUUAUAUUGGAAGCAGCAUGAUAUAAAUUAUCCUGGCAUGGAUGAUGCAAUGGUACACCGUGGCUUUUACACUGCAUAUCACAAUACAACAAUACGUCCUGCCAUUUUAGAUGCUAUUGUAAGGGCAAAGAAGUUUUAUGGAGAUAUUCAAAUUAUAGCAACAGGGCAUUCGAUGGGAGGGGCAAUGGCUUCAUUUUGUGGACUUGAUUUAACGGUAAAUAAAAAUGAAAAAACUGUUCAAGUUGUGACAUUUGGACAACCUCGUGUUGGAAAUGCUGUUUUUGCAUCUCUCUAUAGCGAACUAGUUCCAUGUACAAUCCGAGUCACGAAUGACCAUGAUAUUGUACCUCAUUUGCCUCCGUACUAUUAUUAUUUACCGCAGAAGACGUACCACCACUUCCCGAGAGAGGUAUGGCUUUAUAACAUUGGAUUAGGUAGUCUUGUGUACAGCGUGGAGAAGAUUUGUGAUGGAUCUGGCGAGGAUCCGAGUUGCAGCAGGUCAGUCACUGGGAAUAGCAUUGCUGAUCACUUGGUCUAUUAUGGCGUUGACAUGGGAUCGGAUGAGCCAAGUUCAUGUAGAAUUGUUAUGGAUCCUCAUGUUCAGAAUGCUGGCAUCAAAGAUUCAAAAGGAAACUUAAUCUUAUCCAGAGAUCCUGCACCCCACCUCAUCAAAUUGAGUGGAGAGAGUGACAAUCAGGAAAAUCCCAUGUAUGUUGAUUGA